AUGCCUAACGAGAUCAAAGACAUCACGACCCGCGACGAGGUCUCCUUCCCUUACAUUUUUGAGCAAAAUGUCUCCAUCAACCUCAAAGAUGAAUCAGGUAUCGUCCGCGCAAACGUCUACCGACCCAAGUCCUCUUCCAAGGUUCCCGUGAUUGUCACCUACGGCCCAUACGGAAAAGAUAUUCCCUACAAGGAUUUUCACGCACAGAGCUUCAGCGAGGUGAACCCCGAACAAAAGUCCGAGCACUCGUCCUGGGAAACUCCCGACCCAAAUUACUGGACUAGCCAAGGCUAUGCCGUUGUGCGCGCAGAUGAGCGCGGUACGGGCCAGUCUGUUGGUAAGCUCGAUACCAUGUCUCGGGGAACGAGCGAGGCAUUCUUCGAUGUGGUUGAGUGGGCUGCUGAGCAGGAGUGGUCCAAUGGCAAGGUUGGCUUACUGGGUAUUUCCUACUACGCUGGUAGCCAAUGGCGUGUUGCGGCACGUCAACCCAAGGGUCUGGCCUGUAUCAUUCCCUGGGAGGGCAUGUCUGACUACUACCGGGAUCGAUGCCGUCACGGUGGAAUCCUGUCAAGCAAGUUCAUUAAGUUCUGGUGGGAUCGCCAGGUCGUGAGCAACCAGUACGGUCUUGGUGGUCGUGCCGCCAGGAACUGGGGUCCCGAUACCAUUGAGGGAGAUUUGAGCGAGGAGGAACUUAUUCAGAACCGACAGGAUCAAAACGUCGACAACGUGUCUAAUAAAUAUCGCGAUGAUCUUUACUAUGCUUCCAAGGAGUAUAGUAUGUCGGAUAUCCAGGUCCCGCUGCUGUCAGUCGCGAACUGGGGUGGUAUCUUGCUUCAUCUGCGUGGAAACGUCGAGGGAUACACACAGGCUGGGUCGGAGCUCAAGUACCUCCGCUUCGUCACUGGUCGUCACGAUUUACCCUUCUACUACAGCGAAGAGGUCGAGCUCCAGCGCAGUUUCCUUGACGCCUUCCUCAAGGGUGAGGACCGUGUCGGUUGGUCAACUGGCAAGGCACCCAAGGUUGACAUCGUGCUUCGUAAGGGCGACGUCGGUUUCAACAACGCCGAAGCCGAGAAACAAUACACCCGUCGCACGGAGCACGAGUGGCCGAUUGCCCGCACUCAGUACACAAAAUACUACCUCACUUCUAAGCAAGAGCUUCUCACACACGCUCCCGUUGAGCGCCCAGUCAAGGUCUCCUACGAGGCCCUUGGCACGCUGGAUACUCCCCAGCUCAUCCAAUUCACUACACCUGCCUUUGAGAAGGAGACCGAGAUCACGGGGCACAUUGUCGCACACUUGAAUGUCUCAAUGAGCGCGAACCCUGGUGCACCUACUCCCCAGGACCUCGACCUCUUCAUCACAUUGCGUCAUAUCUCUGCUGCUGGAAACGAAGUCUUCUACACCGGCACAGCGGGUGAUCCCGUUCCUCUGUGCAAGGGUUGGCUGCGUGUGAGCAUGCGACAAGUUAACAAGGAGCAUGUCCGGAAUCGGCCUUACCUUCCUCACCGUGACUACUAUUCCACUGACUUCCGUCCUGUCAUCCCUGGUGAAGUUUACCCUGUUGAUGUGGAGGUUUGGCCUACCAAUGUCGUUGUUGAGAAGGGUGGAAAGAUUGUAUUGGAGAUUUCCAGUGGUGAUACUCAGGGUUCUGGCAUGUUCCAACAUAACUCACCUAUUGACCGAUCUGUGGAACGCUUCCAAGGUCAAAAUCACAUCCACUUCGGACUGGGUGAGAACUACGUUACUCUGCCGAUUAUUCCUUGA